AAUCAACGAGCCAUGGGUUGUUUAGUUCGCACUUCCUUCUAAGAGAAAGGCCAUGACCCUGUAGUACUGAUUGCCCUAGCGUGCUUAGCAACCCUGGUAGCUACCUCAUUGGCUGGCUUCAAGUUUAUGUCCCCGACUUAGCCGAAGUUUGGCAAUACCCGAUGGACGUUGUUUCUCGUCAGCGCUCUCUUCAUUUGUACAACCUGCCGAGCUUUCAGGUUCUUGGUCUGUUCCGUGCGGCAUGCACAAGGGUAACCGGAAACGCUCGACACCCUCUGAACCCGGAACACACCAGAAGCGGCCAGACUCUAUAUGCACCUGUCGUCGUCCCGGUUGGUGGGAUGGCCGACAGUCCAGUCACUCUCCCCGUUCAGCAACCGGGGCCGGGUCGGAUCAAACGCAACACGGCUUGCAACACUUGCAGAGACGCAAAGGUCCGCUGCAACCCCAGUCUCCAACCGAAUCAGCCAUGCCAGCGCUGCGUGAAGCUCGGGCUCGACUGUGUAGUAGACAAGACUCAUAAGAGAAUAAGCCGAAAAAGGCAAGUUUUAGCCUGGAGCAGACAGUUUGAGAUAUCAUAUCUCGCGGGUAUGCUCCAUCCAGCCCAUCUCACUUGCAUCUAACCCCAUAGCAGCAAGAUCGAUGAGCUGGCACAGGAAAUUCAAACCAUCAAACAAACAGUCGGCACGGUCAACGCCCCGAGUCAAGUCCUUAUUCAAACACCCGUCACAUUUUCCCAGCCUACAUCCUCAUUCAGAGACCAUGUCGCCCCUGGACCUAUCGCUGCAUUGGUUUCUCCG